UCAAAACUAACAAUCUCUCUCUCCUAUAAGUUUGAAUGGCGAUUUAAGAGAUCCGUAGUUCUCUGAUCAUCCUCCUCCGGUUUCUACUCUCAUCAAAACACAACACACAACGCUUAUCUCUCACUCUCUCUUUACUCAUUCUUCUCAUUUGGAAAAGAUCUCUCUCUUUCUCCCUCUUUUUCAGCAGAUUCAAUCCGAACCCUAACCUCUUUGAUUCCGAUAUUUGGAGAAUAUUUUCUCUCUUCAAAACCCAUUAUAAAUACCUUUCACUAAACAAAAAAAGUUUUUACCAUCUCUUUCUCUUUGUUUUUUGUGUGUCUUUUUAACUUAACUUACUCCAUGCCAUCAAUGUCAAAUUGUUCUAUCUGUCCUUUGCUCUUAAUUAGUCUCAACACCACCACCACCACUUCUUUACUACAAACCCUUCUCGUAUUCUCUUAAUCAAUACGUACUUUAUUAAUACACAUUACAAAACACAAACACACACCAAGUCUCUCUCUCUCUCUAUAUAUAUAUAUAAAAGCCAAGAGAGAGAAACAAAGAGAAGUUAUUUUCUUGAUGGAUUUCUGUUGGAAGAGAGAGAUUGAAGGUAAACUAGCACAUGAUUACUUGUCUAGCCACCACCGAGGCAUGACGUCACCACGUCGUAUCUGCGUCGUCACCGGACCGGUGAUCGUAGGCGCCGGACCGUCGGGGCUAGCCACGGCCGCGUGUUUAAAGGAGAGAGGAAUCACGUCCGUACUACUCGAGAGAUCAAACUGUAUAGCAUCACUAUGGCAGCUCAAGACCUACGACCGUCUUCACCUCCACCUCCCUAAACAGUUCUGUGAACUUCCGAUAAUACCCUUUCCGGCCGAUUUCCCAACCUACCCGACGAAGCAACAGUUCAUCGAGUACCUUGAGGACUACGCUCGGAGUUUUGACAUAAAGCCCGAGUUCAACCAGACGGUUGAGUCGGCUGAGUUUGAUAAAAACCUUGGGAUGUGGCGCGUGACGAGCGUGGGAGAAGAAGGCACGACGGAGUAUGUUUGCCGGUGGUUAGUAGCGGCGACGGGUGAGAAUGCGGAGCCAGUGGUGCCGAGGUUUGAGGGGAUGGACAAGUUUGCCGCCACCGGGGUAGUUAAGCACACGAGUCAUUACAAGACCGGUGGAGAUUUCGCUGGAAAAAGGGUUCUUGUUGUCGGAUGUGGAAACUCCGGUAUGGAGGUUUGUUUGGAUCUAUGCAACUUCGGUGCUCAGCCUUCUCUCGUUGUCAGAGACGCUGUGCACGUCCUACCACGAGAGAUGUUGGGUACUUCGACUUUUAGGCUGUCCAUGUUCUUACUCAAAUGGCUGCCCAUCCGGCUCGUUGACCGUUUCCUCUUGGUUGUUUCCCGGUUCAUCCUCGGGGAUACAACCCUGUUAGGUCUUAACCGGCCUAAGUUAGGACCACUUGAACUCAAAAAUAUCUCCGGCAAAACUCCGGUUCUCGACGUCGGCACACUCGCCAAAAUCAAAACCGGAGAUAUCAAGGUGUGUUCCGGGAUAAGAAGGUUAAAACGAGAUGAAGUUGAGUUCGAUGACGGUACAACGGGGAGAUUUGACGCCAUAAUAUUGGCAACUGGCUACAAAAGCAACGUACCCUCUUGGCUAAAGGAGAAUAAAAUGUUUAGUAAGAAAGAUGGAUUUCCAAUACAAGAGUUCCCAGAGGGAUGGAGAGGGGAAUGUGGGCUAUACGCGGUCGGAUUCACAAAACGUGGGAUUUCUGGAGCAUCAAUGGACGCAAAGAGAAUAGCUGAAGACAUAGACAAGUGUUGGAAACAAGACGAGCAAGUCAAGAAAAUAUGAUCAAACCUAUAGACUAUAGACAGUUGAGAAGACUAAGAUCGGUUUUCUAAUCAAGAAAACAUAACUUGCCAAACUGCCGGUAGCGAUCGGAAACUGAUGGUUUGGUUUAAAAGGAGAACUGGAGGGGGAGGAGAGGUGAUGUAAAUUAAAGACUUAUCUCCAGCUGCGAUGCAAAUUGGGGAAAAGAAUGAAAAGGAAAUUUAGUGAGAGUGAUUGUGGUGGGAAUUGAUGAUCAUCUGCCCCAAAGGAGAGGGGACCCUCUUCUCUUUGCAUGCUUAUAACCCACUUUGUAAAUCUUUCUAUACCUUCUUUCUAUGUUUCUAAAAUUUUCUUCUUUUCUCUUUUCUUUUUUGUAUUUUGUU